UUUCAGUCUCUCCGGGUAGAACGUUCCAGCCAGACCAGGGCCUCCCUUUUCCGGCCAAAGCCCAACCAAACCCUCGCCUCGCCUCGCCACCGCCACCAUGGCCGACGGCGGCGCUUCCCUAUCCACCGCAGGCCACGGCGGGGUGGACCGCUUCAGCGCCCUCCACGACGACCUCCUCCGGCACAUCAUCACCCUCCUCCCCAUCAGGUAUGCCGCCCGCACCGCCGUCCUCGCUUCCCGCUGGCGCUACCUCUGGCGCUCCAACCGGCUCGUCCUCAUUGAUACCGACAUCUCCGAGCCCGCGCACGACGCCGUAGUCCCCCGAGUCCUCGCCAACCAUCUGGGCUACUUCCACGCCGUCUUCCUCUACGACUGCAGGCUCGCCUCACUGGACCGUGAGCUCCCCGACUGGCCGCGCCUCCUCGCCGACAAGCGCACGGAGAAACUCGUUCUCGCCUACAGAUGGCUAAUGGACCAGCCCAACCUCGCGCGCCCCCUUCCCGCCGACAUCCUCCGCUGCGACUCGCUCCAGGAGCUCACGCUGCACUUCUGGACGUUCCCCAGCGGCGUCGAGGUCCUUCUUCCCCAUCUGCGGAUUCUCACCAUGGCAAGGAUUGUCAUAAGCGACCGGGACCUGGAGUGCUUGAUCGCUGCCUGCCCCGUUCUCAAGUCCCUUGGGCUCUUCGUCAACAGCUCCAAGCACGCCCGUCUCUGCAGCCAAAGCCUGAUCGGGUGCACGAUCGUUGGGCUGCCCAGGGUGGAGGAGUUCACCGUGACCAUGGUGGACACGCCGCUCCUGGAGCGGUUCCACUUGUUUCAGCUGCUUAAUGGUGUGGAGAUCAGGAUCACUCGUGCUCCCAAUCUGAGGGUGCUGGGCUACCUGGAUACAAGAGUUCAGAAGCUGCAGACUGGCAACAGUGUCAUCGCGUCAGACACAAUGGUGAGGGCAAGCACUGUGGUUCCAAGCGUCAACAUAUUGGGGCUGACUGUGAAUUUUGGUGUCUUUGCGAAUAUGGCUAUUCCUAACCAGUUACGCGCGCAACGCCAAUCGCUGCACAUUGAGGAAGGAAUUUUUUCUUCAGCUGACAAGGUGACUGAGAUAAAAGACGAAUUACAGUGUCUACAGUUCCCAAGAGGUAUCUCUGCAGUGCUACAGGUGUCACCUGAAGCAGAUACUGCUUUGCGCUCGGAGAAAGCAUUCAAUCUUACAGUUGAUGACCCUUUUGACUGCUGAAUCCAUGGUUAUUUCGCUGUGUGUUUACAUGAUUGAUCCGUGCCUUUUGAGGAAUCGCUGACUGUUCCUGUAAGACUUGCUGUUCAGUUUGUAGGCAUGCCUUCUCUUGAGAUAUGCAUAUGCCUGUACUUUUCUGCUACCAUGAGUAUAUGUAAGAAUUGAAGAUUGCAGAAGUACUACGUGACAGAACACUGGUAUUUUCAUGUAUCUGUAAUAUGACAGCAACGUGCUUCUGAAAUCUGAAUACAGUAUGUAGGAAUUGAAGCAA